AUGGAGAAAGUUAUACCAAUGAGUUGGUCCAACCAAAUUCUACUAGUUUUUAGUAUAGCAGUUGCAAUAUUAUCCUUGAUUAUACAAGGGUGGACAGGUCUCACACCUCUACCAAUAUAUAUUUCUGUCUCUUGGGCAGUAUUGAUCACAAUUAUAUCCAUAUGGCUGAGUUGUUGCGUACUACGUCUCAUACUAAAAGCCAACAAUCCGAUUUCUUUAACAUUUAUAAACAAAUGGAUAUACAAAAUACUAGUGAGUCAGUUAAAUUUAGAAUCUUCUGUGAACGAGGAGAGUCUUUUGACGAGAAAAAAAAAAUUAAACGUAACAGAAAUGACACGAGAGAUUAAUGCAAAGUAUAUAGAAAUUUGGUAUAGAGACAUAAGUAAUGACAGGUCAUUCUCUAAUGAGACACAGGACUUAUUGAACAAAUUCUUGACUAGGCUUGUUUGGAAAGCCAGUCUGGUAGAUAAGAUAAAGGUUAUUAAUAAGUUAGCAAAUGUGUUAUUGUUACACUUGAAGGAAUAUCGUAGAGCAUUACGCAGAGUAGAGAAGGGUGCUGCAACUAGUGUGGAGGAAGCAUAUAAAUAUUUACACCCUGGGUCUCGCAGUGCAUCGACGUUGCAGCAUAUGUUAUACCGUUUAAUUACUGUUCUGGCACAAGAGUUUUUACAAUGGGAAUCAACUAGUUCAUUACCAUGCAAACUUUUGUUAUCUAUUUUAGCAAAAAGACUUUUAAUAACAAUAGACACAAUAAGCUGCCCAGAUUGGUUGUUCCAGAAUUUGUUAGUACUAUUGGAAGCUCCAUCAAACGAAGUUGAUAGUGUCAUUGCUCCAGGUACUAUAAGCGUUGCUUUGAGUGAUGGUAUUACAUCCGUGACAGCGGCUGUGAUUCCACAACAAUUGCCAAAAUCUGUAUCUAAAUCUAGUCCAAUUACAACUAUCACAAGUGAAGACAAGAAUGCAAUUUUAACGGUAACUCCAGAAAGACCAACUCUAUGUUUGGAAGGUCUCUCUACAGAGCACAGAGGUCUGUGGGGAGAAAGCAUAACAGACACAGAUCUGGAAUUAGAUGAAGAUAAAAUAUCACCGGUGUACGAAGAACCGACGGAUUUCGCUACGACUAUCGCCAGACUUAGAAAUUUGUUGCAACAGAAAUCUACAGCAACCACACCAUUACAUGUUGAAGAAAAAUCCUACGUGAUAUACGUAGGAAGCCAAUUUAUGAAUUUAUCAAUUCCUUGGACCGAGUUCCAUACUGCGACGGAUGGCUCGCAACAAUUGUACUAUUGUAUACAAUUUGACGAUGUCGAACAACGUGGGGUAGAUUUAUUCGAAACAACCACUGCUACAGUCAAAAGGCAAUACGCCGAUUUCGUUCAAUUGCAUCUCAGUUUGGAAGAAAUUCCAUCAUUAUCGAGUAUUAUAUCGGAAUUGGUAUUGCCUGAGGGUGGUCGAAUCGAACUGGAGAUAUAUUUGAAAACGUUAUGUACGCGAUUGGCAAACGAAUGUCCGCCACAAUUGCGUCACUUUCUUCGACCUAGUAGUAGCGCGGGCAAGAAAGCCGAUGCGGUAGCGCCUCGAUUGGAUCGAUUUCUAGCAAAGACUGUGACUGGUGUCUUCAAUACGUUGAAAACUGUUGUGCCAGGAUUCGAACUGGAUCAAGAAGAAGAGGCUUCUCCUCUGCCUACAUUGAUGCCCUUGUCUGACAUACCCUGGAGAUUUGUCGAGGAUAUAAAAUCGAAAAGUUUAGCUUGUAAACUUCAGCAACUGAUAGCAGAAAGGACAGAGUAUUGUACAGUAGACACAGCUUACGAAGCAGUUGACUCAAUGGAAGCUAGUGGAGAUUCAGAAUUACUGGAUUGCUGGUGGGAGACAAUUAAUACUUCAUAUGAUGAUGAAGUAGAUGAGUUAGAUUCGAAUUUAACACUGACAUGUACGAUGAUAGAUUUGAUUUGUGAGCUUCUAGCAGGUAUUGCUAGUAACAACACUCUACAGCAAGAAGUAGUCGUUAGAUGGACUAAGUUGCUAUUUGGGAACAUUUCAGAGCCACUCCUACAGAAAAUAAUUCUUUGGUUAUUUGAUUCUCUGAGCGACUCUUCGUUAAUUUGGGAUGCGCCACAUAAUAGCACAAGUCAGAACGAUACCCAAUUGGAAGACAAGUUGUUAAAUAUAUUAGAAGAAAAGAUAUCGUAUGCUGUAAAAUUGAUAUUCAAAGAGGAUGAUAUACACAAGGCUCUGAAGUAUUUGUUAAGUUCAUAUAAAAUCAAAAAGAUCAAUAUAGAUUUAAAUAUGCAAAUAUUAGAUGCAUUAGUAUCAGAACUAUUGAUUUCCUGUAAAACAAAUCACGACGUCACAACGAAUUAAUUUCGAUGUUCAUUAAGUCCAUUAGAUAGAAGAUUGUUUGACGAUUAGUGAGAUUCGCACACUUUUAUUCUCU